CGAAUCUCGUGCGCUGUACCUCUGUAGUUACCUACCUAGAACCGGGGGAAUGCUGCAAAUGGUCGAAAACAGUCGCACCGUCAAAAGACAGCGAUGAGGCCAUUGCUCAGGCACGUAGCAAAGCCUACGUUCGAAUCCCUCAUUACAAAGACCCUUCCAAAGUCUCUACCAAGACUGAACGCAUAUUUUCCCCGACCACAACAUGUAACGCCGACCGCCUGCCUCCAAUGUCAAUUCCGGAUCCAGUUGAGAUAUUACAGCGAGAACCGGAGCUCCUCUGACCGGGAAUCCUCACAAGCCGCCCAAGAUGAGGUUAAACUUUCCAAUGUAGGGGCAACCGCGAAGCCUUCUUCGAAGCCAUCAGAGCCUGAAAUACCAAGCGCAAGUUUGGCCUCAAACGCCACGUCUGAUGCAUUUACAACGGCCUACGCCCAGACUCAACCGCCCAGAAAAGAUCUGCCCUCGGAAGAAGAGGGACGACGAUGGCAGCUUUCAAAGAAGUUCUCCCAUGUCAUGGACAACCUUCAGACGAACAUAUUUUUAGCUGGCAAGACAUUGAAUGAUCUUACGGGCUAUUCGGGCAUUGAGGCCCUCAAAAAAGAGAUUGAGCACCAAGAACAACGUGUUCGUGAUGCUCGACGAUCUGUGCAUGAUUCAAAAGAUGCAUAUUCCGCCGCCAUUGCCCGCCGAUCUGCCUCUCAGCGAGAGGUCAACGAGUUGCUGCAGCGCAAGCACGCCUGGUCCGCUCAGGACCUGGAACGGUUUACCGAACUGUACCGAUCCGAUCAUACAAACGAGCAGACAGAGCUCGCGACUCAGCAAGCACUCACUGCCGCUGAGCAAGUCGCCGAAGAAGCCGCUGUUCAGCUAAGCCGCAGCAUCCUGGCCCGGUACCACGAGGAGCAGAUCUGGAGCGACAAGAUCCGACGGAUGAGUACCUGGGGUACUUGGGGCCUUAUGGGCGUCAACGUGCUACUCUUCCUCGUCUUCCAGAUUGGCGUGGAGCCAUGGCGACGGAAAAGACUAGUGAAAGGCUUUGAAGAAAAGGUCAUGGAGGCGAUUGAGCGUGAAAGCAGCGUCCUCGCUGCCCCCAAGGCCCAGUCUGAUUCCAAUGCCCCCAACACGGUGGUUUCUCCAUCACAAGAACAAGCCGAACAGCCCUUUGUCCUGACGGACGGGACGCAGAGCGAGCCAACGCCCGGAGACUCUGCCAAGGUCGAGCAACCUGCUGCUACUGCUACGGCCGAUGCCUUUGCCCCUGUCCCUGAAGCUGAGGUUCCGCUUGCAUCAGAAUCUUCUGGGUCUGAGCUUGAAAAUCAAUCUCGACUUGGGGAAGAGCUACCCCUACUAAAGUCAAUCAAGGACAAGGCAAUGGUUCCCGUCCAGUAUGCUGACCGAUUUCUACGUGAUAUUUUCAGUCAGAAAGAGGUCCAGCUUCGUAAAGUCGAUGUGACUACCAUUGCACUAGAGGGUACCGUCGCAGGUGCGGCGUUCGUGGGAGCUAUGAUAAUGCUGCUCCGACAUACAUGAUUGUCCUUGUUUUGAUUGGUCUGCUGCUGUUUUCCCAGCGUGUGUGAUCUGCAAGCAUUAAAGACGGCAUCUAGCAUAUCUUUGUACAAUAGUGUAGAGCCUUUCUUUGGGUGUAUUAUAACCAGCUAGCAAAAGCUAUUUCAAUCAAAGGAUUAGAUUUCACUGG